AAAAGAUGAAAGGAUUCGAUGUAAAUAUUAUAUGCUCCAUACCAGAUGACAUAAACCCUCCUGAUGUUUCAUGCCCUGGUGAUGUCUCCAAAACUGUUGAGCUUGGUAUUCCUCAAGUGCCCAUCAACUUUACCGAACCAUCAGCUACUGAUAUGUCGGGCAAUGUUACAUUGGUUUCGAGGAACCACAACCCUGGUGAUGAAUUUCCGGUUGGAUCUACACGAGUGGAAUAUGUCUUUUCUGAUGGGAGCGGAAAUCAAGCAUCGUGCAACUUCAAUGUGGUUGUCAAUACAAUUGACACAACCCCUCCAAAUGUAAAAUGCAUUGAUGAUGUCAACACUACUACAGAGCUUGGUACUUCGGAAUUGACUAUCACCUUUAGUGAGCCAUCAGCCACUGAUCUGUCGGGCAAUGUUACAUUGUUCUCAAGCAGCCACCUCUCUGGUGAUGAAUUUCCGAUUGGAUCAACUCUCUUAGAGUAUGUCUUUUCUGAUGGGAGCGGAAAUCAAGAAUCGUGCGAAUUCUCGAUUAAUAUCGAAACAUAUGACUUCCGUGACCCGUUGGGCCUUGAGAGUGGAAGCAUUCCUGAUUCAAGUUUAACGGCUUCAAGUUCAUUGGCGAACCCUAUCCGUAGCUGUUCACCUCAGAGGGUGCGUUUAUUCACCGUCGCGGAAAUUAGAAGUGAUGGUACCUCUUUUGGUGGAGCUUGGGUAUCGGCUGUUACCAGCAUGAAUGAAUGGAUACAGGUUGAUCUGUUAACCCUGUACCGGGUACGAGGAGUGGCAACACAAGGUCGCCAGGAGUAUGGCCAACAGUGGGUGACGAGCUACAAGAUCAACUGCAGUAGAGAUAACAUGGUGUUUGAUACAGUACAAGAUAGGAGCAGGUAUCCAUCAACUGACAAGAUCUUUCAUGGCAAUGAAGAUAUGAACUCUGUUGUGAAGAACGCCUUCCCACAGCCCAUGGUAUGUCGCUUUAUCCGUCUCCUACCCUAUGCAUGGAAUGAGCGGAUUGCUCUUCGAAUGGAGCUCUAUGGCGAUCUUGCUCCUGUUACGGGUGAGAACGAGCACGUCAUGUUUAUGAUUUUAUAAUUUGGUUGCUUCAAAUCUUUUGAAAAUG